AUGGAUUCAUGCCUGUUCUGUGAAGGUGAUGGAUCAGAUGAGACCUUUUGGGUACAAUGCGAAGUUUGUCCACAAUGGGCACAUGUUAAUUGUAUUCCCUUAGAAAGCAUCUCAAGUCAAAGAAGGCCUCGAAAAGCAGCUGAGAUUAGUCAAUUUAGUUGUAACAAGCAUGGAAAGACCCUUUUGGUUCUGAGAGACAACGUUUCGCAUAAACGUAGCCCGAAAGAUUCGGGAGUUGAUAAGCCCGAUGCUAAGAGACGUGGGUUACGAAGGAAGAAAGAGGUUGACUACAUCGCGCUAAAUGACGGCGGCGAAAAACGGCUAAAAACCGAACAUCCGCAUGUAUCCGCUUUUCUUAAAUGUUUUGAUCAGUGGGAGAAUACCAGCAAUGUGAUGGACGCCACGGAUUUUGAAACAAACUUUAACAGCAUAGCUAUUCCAAUAAAAAUCAAUGAUCCUGAAAAUUCAGGUAUGAAGGUACCAGAUCUUGGAACCUUAACCCAAAGUGAUCAUGGCACCGCGAGGCCAGAAUUUUCGGUAGAGGGGCUUACUGAGGUGUUAGGUCCAGAUUACAGCAUUGAUGUAAUGGACGUUCAGAGCCAGGAAAACAGCAGAUGGCCGAUGCGCGAGUGGAAUGAUUAUUUUACAAAUACUUCUGCAGAGCGGCGAGAUCGGAUAAGAAAUGUUAUAUCGUUGGAAGUGUCACAUAUAGAUGGGUUCAAAACCGGAAUUCGGCGGCCAAAAGCUGUCGAUAACAAUGAUUUGGUUAGUAAAGUCUGGCAUGAAAUUGAUGAUGAAACAGAACCUCCCAAGGUCACUAAAUACAUCUUGAUGUCAGUGGCCAAUGCAUAUACCGAUUUUCAUCUGGAUUUUGCAGGAACGUCAGUAUAUUAUAACAUCAUAUCUGGCGCCAAGAAAUUCAUCCUUUUUCCCCCCACGGAGCAUAACCUUCAAAAGUAUUGUGAUUGGUGUCAGAGUGAUCAUCAGAACCUAAUUUUUCUGGGUGACCAAUUAGAAAAGGGAAUUGCGAUGGAUCUCCGCAGUUCAGACUUGUUCAUGAUUCCAAGUGGUUACAUUCAUGCUGUCUACACACCGGUGGACUCUCUUAUUAUUGGAGGCAAUUUUCUUACGGUAAGAGAUAUUUUGACGCAGCUACGAGUAGUGGAAAUCGAGCGGCUCACUAAAGUUCCGAAGAGAUUUACCUUUCCUAACUUUGAUGCGGUCAUGGGUAAAACUUGCGAAUAUUUAGUCAACUCCUCCAAUCGCGAUAUAGUCUCAAAACCGCAGAUUCUAGCACUUUUACGGUAUAUGCGAGAUCCAAAAGUGAAAUAUAAACCUGUCAAAAGUUCCAGGAAACGGGAUCUCAUAGAUGCGUUGGAAAAACAGAUACUUGGUUAA